AAUAACCUUGUGACCCCCCCCACAACUCCUCUUGGGUCAGGCCCCUACACUUACAACAUCAUGAAAUUUCAGAUUUAAAUGAAACUUAUGAUUUUUUAAAAAAUCCUAUGACCGUGAAAUUGACCAAAAUGGACUGUGAAUUUGGUAGGGCCCUACUCUUAACCCUGAUUUUUCAUCAUCCCUACCGCAAUCAUAAUGUUUGGUUAAAAAAGAUAAAGUUAAGAAGUGGUACAAAAGAGAUGAGAUGAAAAUAAAGAUAUUUUAGUGUGAAGGAUGAAACUGGUUAUAUUUCCUGCACUUUGGAUUUGUUGUUUCUUUCCUUCCCCAGUAGACAUUCUCCCUCAAAUUUUCCACCUUUGUUAUUGCCAGAGCUUUGGUAACAGUGGUGGGAGUGCUAGUGUGUAACAGCCACCAGUUUUUUUUUCUGCUGUAUUGUUUAACUAAGCUCAGCCAGGAUCUUCUCCUGGUAGUUAAAAUAGUGGUAGCUGCCAGCAUGUUGUUUGCAUUAGCAUGGAGCUUUAGUCGUAGAAGUAGCGGGGAAACAAUAGGUAAACAAGUCAAAAGGUGCUAGAGUGGAUUACCUGCACAGACUGAGUCAUUGAUUUUGAGCUCCUUUGCAGAAGACUAUAUGUUUAAAAAGCUCUUUAAAAAAUGGUGGAAACAGUUCUGCUGGCUCUUGUGUUCCAUUAACAAUGUGUUUUACAGAAUUUAAAUAUUGGAUAAGCUUAAGGAGUGUACAGAAGAGAUGAUUGGGAAGGAGGCUAGAUAUGUUAACUUUAUUUCUACUAUGAAUGUUGGUAUUAAUACCAAAAAUAAAUCUUACCAUUAAGGAGAGAGUUUCAAUUUACAAUAGGUAGUGCUAGGAGAUGUUGGGCAACUUUGGACAAGUCACUUGACUUUUGGGCCUUCAUUUCUCCACCUAGAAAAUGGAGGUCAUGAUACCCUGUUUUUGUAAAAUGUUUUGAGAUGUAGGAAUGAGAAGUGUUACACAAGAGCUAAGUAGUAUUACUGUUUUGGUUUACAGACAAGCUGAUGGUCGAAAGGUCCUGCGGUCGAGUAUAAGAGAAUUCCUGUGUAGUGAGGCCAUGUUUCAUCUAGGUAUACCUACAACAAGGGCUGGAACUUGUGUAACAUCUGAUUCAAAAGUUGUUCGGGACAUAUUCUAUGAUGGAAAUCCAAAAAAUGAAAGAUGUACAAUUGUCCUGAGAAUAGCUUCCACGUUUAUAAGGUUUGGAUCUUUUGAGAUUUUUAAACCAACAGAUGAAUACACAGGACGCAAAGGUCCCAGUGUUAACAGAAAUGAUAUUCGAAUACAGAUGCUUAAUUAUGUGAUCAGCACUUUCUAUCCAGAAAUCCAGCAGGCUUACUCUGACAACAGUGUUCAGAGGAAUGCUGCUUUCUUCAGAGAGGUAACAAAGCGGACAGCAAGGAUGGUUGCUGAAUGGCAAUGUGUUGGAUUUUGCCAUGGUGUGCUGAAUACAGAUAAUAUGAGCAUAGUAGGACUUACUAUUGACUAUGGCCCUUUUGGGUUUAUGGACAGAUAUGACCCAGAACACAUUUGCAAUGGUUCAGAUAAUGCAGGGCGCUAUGCUUAUAACAAACAGCCAGAGAUCUGCAAGUGGAAUCUAGGGAAGCUUGCCGAAGCUUUAGCCCCAGAGCUGCCCUUGGAGAUCAGUGAACUCAUUCUCAAAGAGGAGUAUGAUGCAGAAUUUGAGAGGCAUUAUUUGCAGAAGAUGAGGAAGAAGCUAGGCCUCAUUCAUUUGGAAUUAGAAGAUGAUGAUAAAUUGGUGUCUGAACUUCUAGAAACUAUGCAUCUCACAGGUGGAGACUUUACAAAUACUUUCCGGUUGCUGAGCUCUUUCUUGGGCGAUUUGGAUCCUCUAAAAUUGGAAGAUUUCCUGGAAAAGAUUGCCAUGCAAUGUGCUUCCUUGGAAGAACUAAAAGUUGCUUUCAGGCCUCAGAUGGAUCCAAGACAACUUUCCAUGAUGCUAAUGUUGGCUCAGUCUAAUCCUCAACUGUUUGCAUUAAUUGGAACAAAAGCUAAUAUAAAUAAAGAAUUAGAACGCAUAGAGCAGUUUUCUAAACUGCAGCAAUUAACAGCAGCUGACUUACUGAGUAAAAAUAAAAGACACUGGAAAGAAUGGCUGCAGAAAUACAGAGUACGAUUAGUAAAAGAGAGAGAAAGUGUUAGUAAUGCUGAGGUCUGGAAUGCUGAACGUGUGAAGAUUAUGAAUUCAAACAAUCCAAAAUAUAUCUUGAGAAAUUACAUUGCUCAGAAUGCCAUUGAAGCAGCUGAAAAUGGAGACUUCACAGAGGUAAGAGAGGUUUUGAAACGUUUGGAAAAUCCAUUUGCAGAGACAGAAGAUCUCACUGAGGUACAGGAAGAUCAAGAAGAGGAAACAGUUGCAGCAGCUGCCACUUAUGCUCCUGUGACCAGCAGCAGACUUCCAUAUAGCAGUAAACCUCCACUCUGGGCUUCAGAACUCUGUGUUACGUGAUCUUCAUAAUGGCCUUGUUUUAUUUUUCACUAUAAACUGGAGAUGCUGUUGCUUCUUUAGUAGUGGAAAAUUAAACGAGGCAAAAACAAAGUGCUGUUAAGUCAUUGAAACAGUUCAUUUGGAUGUAUCUGCAACCACACUUCAGCAGCAAUGCUUAUUUUGACACAACCAUGGAUCAUAGGUUUAAUGGACCAACAACAAUCAACAGUCCACAUGCCUUGUUAAAUUAAUGUUUGGAGAGCUGAACAACUUUCUUUUCUCCUCACCACAAUGUAAUUAGUGAUGUCUAGGUGUUGGCACACAGUGAUCUUUGAACAUCCAAAUGUAACUGUUUUUAUAUGAAGACAAAAAUAACAAAUCAGAAAUCUGAUAUAUUUUUGACAGAUGAUGAAUUAAUAGUACUUAUCCCCAAAAUGUGGUUAAUGCUUUUACUCUGCAGGGAUGUAUGAUCCUCUUUAAUGGAGGAGUAAGCUUAUCAUUGCUUAUCUGAAGCUAUGAUUCCUUUAACUGAGUAGUUCAUUUCUUGUGAACCUUCAUAUUAACAUCAGUCUUUUAGAGAAUUGUUUUGCAGGCUGGAGGGGGAAAAGCAACUGAGUAAUUUUUUUUUAUAAAAUACAGUAUAGAAAUCAGUAUUGGGGGGGACUGUACUUAUUUGCACUCGGAAUUCCUAGCAGAAAAAUAUAUUUAGCUUUAACAUGUUUGUGGGUGAUAUAUAUUCUCUCUCUCUCUCUCUCUCUCUCUCAAAUAUUCGACUGCAGCUUGUAAGUCAGUUGACCUAAACAGGAUCACUUUGCCAACUUAGCUUGUUCCAUAUAAACUACCCAGUACUUAAUAUAAGCGUUCAUUUUCUAUGAUUUAUGCUGUUGACAGUCCCUUCUACAUUAAACUGGCAGAUGUAUACUUGUUCAACAUUAUUCAAUGUGGCUUUUGUAGUCGUAUUUUCUUCUUGUGUAACUUAGUCUUCAAUCCAUCCACCAUCAUUACAGUCUCUGGAAAUGUUACUUUGAAAGCUGCCAUUCUAGUAUUCUUAUUUGCUAAUAUCUGGGGUGGUAAUGUCUGAGAAUGUACAAAUGAUGCUAUUUCCCCUCUUGUUGACUUUAUGCAGUUUUGGUUUUGUAUUUUGAUGGAUACUGAUAAUAUGUUUGAGGUGAAAGGGAGAGCUAUGAAUAUUAUAUAUUUAAAAAUAUUUAAUUAUGUAUCUGCAGUGUGAAACUGUUCCUUGUUAAUUAAAACAGUAUUCAGGGAGCCCGAAAUAGAUACUAAUUGGUCAUA